GUGAAAUAUCCUUGAGGGACGUUUACAUCUUAUCUGGUGUACAUUACUGUCCGUAUUGACUUCUGUAUUGCUUCUAUUGAAAUGUUUUUCCGUGCUGUCAUUAUUGGACCUCCUGGAUGUGGCAAGGGCACUAUUUCGUCAUUUAUUGCCAGAGAUUAUAAAGUACCACUUAUUGUAUGUGGCGACAUUUUACGAGAAGAGAUAAGAAAUAACACAAGUAAUGGGAAAGCUGCCAAAAAAUAUCUUGAAAAAGGACAUUUAGUACCGGAUGAAGUGGUUUCAAAGCUUAUUUUGGAUAAACUCAAAACGUUUGAAAAGAAACAUUGGUUAAUGGAUGGGUUUCCUCGUAAUCUCAAGCAAGCUGUAACAUUAUCCGAAAACUAUAAAAUCUCCGCUGCGAUCAACAUUAUUGUACCAGAUAUGGUUAUAUUGCCAAGACUCAAAACUCGGUGGGUACAUCUUGCAAGUGGAAGAACUUAUAAUGAUGAUUUCAACCCUCCUAAAGUCAAGGGCAAAGAUGAUGUCACUGGAGAAGAUUUGGCAAGACGAGGUGAUGAUGAUGAGGAAGUAGUUUUAGAAAGGUUAUCUAGUUUCAGAAGUGAAAUCCAAUAUGUUUGGGACUUUUACAGGCAAAAGGAUCUUCUGAAGGAAUUUCAUGGUAACGAUUCUCCGACAAUAUACAGCAAAAUUCAAGAGUUUUUGAACAUUUACUUUGGAAAACAUGGAUAUCCACAAUAA